AUGUACCCCCCUCUGGCUGUCCUGGAGGGCGAGGAGGUGGGAACGAGCUCCCAGCAGAGGCAGGUGAAGCCCAGGCAGCCCAGGGGCCAGAAGAAGGCGGCAGCUGCCGAGACAGGGGUGACAGAUGGCAUGGCGCAGGCCGUGGUCCCGGCUGAGGAGGCCGAGCUCAUGUCGGUGGCUAAGGCCACAUGCUGCGACCAGUUUGGCAGGCAGGUCGAGGAGCUCUUCUACCUGGAGAAGGAGGCGGCCCUCAAGGCCCUGCGGACAGGCCUGUAUGUGGGCUGGCGCUGCCCCGAAUACCUGUGGGACUGCUUCCGCGUGGGCGACCGCUCCAAGUGCUUCUGCGGGCACCUGCUGAGUGAGCACCAGCCUUACACGCAGGGAGCGGUGCCCUGCGCCGUGGAACGCUGUGAGUGCCAGAGCUUCACCUUCAUCCCCUCGCGGGCCGAGGAUGUGGGUGAGUUCUGGCUGCGGCGGCGGGUGCCUGCGGAGCUCUUCGCCUGGUGCGCCAGCUGCCGCUGCAAGCACAGCCACGAGAAGCACGUGCCCAGCGCCGGGCGCCCCUGCCGCGCCGCAGGCUGCUGGUGCAAGAGCUUCGAGUCCACCUUCUCAUGCGCGGUGUGCGACCGGCGCUGGGAGGAGCACGAGACUUUCUUCGAGACCACGGAGGCGCGGAAGCAGGGCGGCCGGCCCUACAGAGAAAAAUACCUGGUGUUUGCGGAGGUGCCUGAGAUGAGGAACGCCGUGCUGGCAGGGAAGCCCAGCGAUGAUUCAGUGUACCAGGCCCUGCUGGCGGAGCUGCCCACCUGUCCAGCUCACGCACCGCUGCUGCCCUCCCCGGAGCCCCAGGGCCCCCUCGAGGAGGCACCCAGGGGCUCCGAGCCCCACGACACCCAGCAAUAA